AUGGGAGCAAUUUCCUAUGGUCGGCGUUGUACACGGCUUCAAGCGGGUGGAAGCGUUGACGGCGACGCGCCUGCUGCAACGCAGCCAACGCUCACUAUAAACCGAAGUUCAGCCAAUGUCGCGAAACGCUUCACAGCCUAUGCUAUGAGUACACAUCCACGCGAUGGAUCGCUGCUUCGGAAAAAGCAAGACCAGUGGGCCCGAGAAAAAGCUGAGGAAUCGGAGAAUAUCUGGUUUCCUUUCGGUUCACCUGGAGGAGGUACACCGAAUCGAAAAUUUGAGUCUAUUGAUUACACGUCACCGUUGGCGAAGAACGAUCUGCAAAGGUUGUCGGAGGAUCAGCCGGCAGAUUGCACUGGUAAAGGAUCGAUCGUAUCGGAGUCGAAAACUCAACAGGAUACUAAUUUAAGAAUGAUGAAGGAUGUAGAAAAUCGAAGUAACGGACAAUCGAAAUGUCAAAUGCCUCAGGGCAGUUCCUUUGCACCGCAUCAACUACCGAUGGCGUAUCCCAUCCCUGUUCAGUACCCUUAUCCUGUACCUUCCACAGGGUUUCCUAAUAGUGCAAGCGCUAACGGGAUGCAGUGGAGCUACCUGCAGCCCAUUCCCAUCAACGUCGUCCCGCCGGGCACCAUACCCAUUCCUAUCCAGGAUCUAAGUAAAUCUAUAGCUGAAGGUACGCCGAUUUGUCCAGUGGCAGUUGCCGAACAACUAGCUCAGAUGGCUUCACAAAGCGCAUGUUGGGGACCUACUCCACCAACGACCGUACCUAUGGCUUACCCUAUUCCACCUUCGGUUCCCCAUAGAGCUCCUAUAGAUCCUGCUCAGCAACCUCAUACCUCAAAUGUCGCUGUUGUACCUCCUCUGGAGCAAAGUACUCACGAAGGUUAUGAGAGUAGUUCAUGUUCGAAAGGCACAAUAUCGCGGCGAAGCACGGCCGAGUCGAAAUAUGAUAGCGAUAGGCACAGCUCUGUUACGGAUUAUGAUGAACAAAUAGCUGAGAAAAAACGGAUAGAAGCUGAAGAGGCUGAACGUGAACGUUAUGAAGAGAAGAAAAUUGAACGAGAAAAAGAAGAGAAAGCACGACGAGAAGCAGAACUUGAUCGUAGACAUAAAGAAGAAGAGCGGUUGAAAGAACAGGAAAGAGAGCGAAUCAGACGAACUUUGGAAGAGGCACUAGAACGAGCCAAGCGAGAAGCUGAAAUUACCAGGAAAGCUCGCGUCUUCAAGCACGUCCUCGAAGGUGCAGAGAAAAGUCCGGAAUUGGAAAGACGUCUACUUGGCGUCGAUCCGGAAACUGGGGAUAGAAUACUCCAAGAGAUUUCCCAACUUGAGCGGCACAAAAAACUUGACCAGGAAUCUAUUUAUAAAAAGUGUAAUAAUUCUGGAAGAAGUGAAACACGAGAAGCAUCUCCAUCUGGGAUUCGGUCUAAGAGUGUGCAGCCAAAAUCCAGAAGUCAGUCGAUGUCGGAGUCGAUGAUGAGCACGAAAUCGAAUACGGACAGAAGGAGAACCGUAUCUGGCAAGAAACAGACCGCAUCCAUUUGUCCUUACAAUUCCACUUUUGAUCAAGAUGCUCAGUGUGCUUCAGCGGCACAAGACACGCACCACCAAUCUACUCCCAUCAGGCGAGCGGCUCCUGGACGGAUGUCUGUGAGAGUAACCAAAAAAGAGAAGGAAAACUCACCUGUGGAUGAUUUUCAUCGGAGCACAGCGCGAUCGCAAAACAGAACAAUUGACCACACACCUGUUCCAUCACUGCGAGAUAAGGGAAUGCCGACCUCGAAGAUUCCAGUUGCAAAACCCAUAACGAAUGGAACCAAAAGUGCCCCUCGUCUUGACACGAUUCCUCCACAACCGCUUAGACAUGCCAAUCACCGAUUAUCAGAAUCUGAUGCAGAACCAGUACAGCUUACAAAAAGUCUGUCAACUGCUUUCUCACGCCCAAGUUGUUUACCACCAUCUAAGGAAUUGUUAGAUAAUCCUCUCUUCUCGCCUGUCGCCACUCGACAUCGACGCUUUAAAAGAAUGCGAGGCUUGUCAGAUUCUCCUGUGAAUGUGUAUUCCGCUGGAAGUAGCGGGUCGACAGAGGAAAGUAACGAAGGGAAUAGUAGUUCAGGAAGUGUCAGUCCUCAAGAAGCAGCACCAUCACCUGUCCCGGCCGCUGCCGUAAAUCACGAUGUGUACGCCACUCCAAAAGCUAUUCUCACAUCUAACAACAAUGAGCUGAAGAUUCGCAGCGCGUUGAGCUCGCCAUCGGCAUAUCUCGGUCCAUCCCCACGAUCCUCAUCCUAUGCCAUGAAAUUGUUGGAAAAAGGCUGUAAUGUGCACAUUGAGGAUGCUCUGGCGCCAGAUGUUCGUCGCAAGGCUGAAGCGAAUCUGAGUCGUACUCCUUCCUCGCAGUCGCUGCGCGGCUCCAUUGGAAACCUUGCUGGUUGGCGCGGAUCGAUAUCGAACCUUGCGGAAGAUGCGAAACCGAAUCUGAGCAGAUUUAGAAGCAUGAAUCCAGCUUACCGUUCGUUCAAUACGAAAAGAAUAACGGAAAAGCAGCAAGAAGUCAUAGAUCGUUUGAGCCGACUGCGAGAGAAUUUGCGUUCUAGAGAGAAUUUAGUUGAACGUUCUGUUCUGCCGAAACGUCCGAGCAAUCUUACUUCUUCUUCCGCUAUAAUCAAGACCUAA